ACAUAAACAACUGGCUGCAGGCCCAUCAGCAAUCUAAUUUAUUUUGCAGGCUUUCUUUAAUUGCUUAAAUUUCCUUAUUAAAUCGUCAAAUGGAUUACAAUAUUAGCAGAUUGUGUCGAGUUUGCCUCGAAGAAGGUGUUUUUACUUCAAUUUUCAGUACCGAACUUGUUGCAAUGGCUCCAGCCGACAUGCUGGUGAUGUGCGCUAACAUUAAGGUGUCCAAAAACGACGGGCUACCAACAACGAUCUGCAACAACUGCAUGUAUCGAUUGGGGGUAGCGUUUCAUCUGAAGCAGCAAUGUGAAAACUCAGAUAUGCGUCUGAGACAGUACAUUGGACUAAUGACCGGAGUCUACACCAAUGCAAUUGAUAAAGAAACCAUGACCGAUGAUUCUUGGCUACUUGCUGCUAAGAAGUCCGACGAAAUCGGAAGGAAGUCUACUAAAAAAAAAUCAGGCCGCAGUAGAUAUGUCCCCAAACUACCUGAAGAAAGGAAAAAACGGGGGCCAAAGCCAACACCGAAAAUUCCACAAACAUGCUAUCAGUGCCACAAGACAUUUAAAUGCUCAGCCCAGCUUCAAAUGCAUCUAAGAACACAUAGUGGAGAAAAGCCGUUUGCAUGCAGUUACUGUUCACGUAGAUUCGCUCAGAAGCACAAUUUAUCGAUUCAUCUGAGAACCCAUACGGGCGAGCGUCCAUAUCAAUGUGAAAUAUGCAGCAAGCAGUUUUCCGCUCUAGGAAACUUCCAGGCACACAAAAAGAUCCACACCAACCAAAGGAAUCACAUCUGUAUGUCGUGCAACAAAGCGUUCAUCACGUCUGCCGACCUCACUCGGCACAUGGUGUCGCACUCCGGUAUCAAAAACUUCCACUGUGAUAUCUGUUCGAAAAGUUUCAGCAGAAACCGGGACAUGGUGGCGCAUAAAAAAAAGAUUCACCUGAACGAUAGAUCCACCGAAAAUCUCCGGUGCAUCGAAUGCCACAAAGUAUUUGCUACAGUAGAAUCGUUGAAUCAUCACAUGCGCAUCCAUAACACGAUGCCUCCCACAACGCUGAUGCCACCUCCACCGCCGCAGCCACAGACCCACAUCCAGCAGCCGAUUGCCAUAGCGCCGCACCACAGCCUUGGACCCGCACCUCUCGGAGUUGGCCUAGGCAUGUUACCUCAUACGCACUCGCAACCCAGUUACCAUAGCCAAAUGCAUCCGGCCCAACGGCUGCAUCCGUACUAAAAACUAAUUUCGGAUCAAUCAAUUAAACAACGUGAUUAACGUCA